UUGUCAAGAAUGUUUAUUUAUGUAAUACUUGUGUAAUGAAAAUCUAGGAUCUGGCAGAAUGGCUCAGACACCUUAACCUGAACAACACGUCUUAAGAGGACGAAAAUUUAGUUACUAACUAGUGCAAUUUUAUGGUCAUUACAAUAAUUAUUCCGGAGUGUUGUCCAGAUUGAAAUCGCAUCAUGGGGGAACUAUACCGGACUGCGGGCACAGUAGUUCACCAAGCUGGAGCAGUAGAAUUUUGGGCUAGAUACUCUAUGAACGCCAGACGAAGAACCAGUGUUCAAUCGUCGCUGCAUAAGAUCUUUGCUGAGGAAACCGAGCGCACAGUUGGCAACCAGUGGAAUUGUAAAUAUUUAAGGAGACAAUUUUACCAAAAGGAUUUAGAAGAAUUAUACAGAAGGUACGAUGACCAGUUAAGAGAGAAAUUCAUUCACAUCUUCAUAUCUUUGCUGAUUGUCUUCUCAACAAUUCACAUUAUUCUAGUUAUAGCUAGCACAAUUUCUGCGGAAGUCCAAUGGCAUUCGAUGUAUUUAUCAAUGGGCAUGUACGUUUUACGAAUAGCAAUGGUAUUAUUAUUUCUUGGUAAAUGUAUCUAUGGUCCCUUGAAACAUAAAUAUUCAUUGAUGCCGAUUUUUGUUACUUUCAUUGUAACAAUCGGACUAGUUGUAACUGACAUAGUAAUCACCAUAUAUAGUGCAACAGAAGGCAUAUCUGUAAGACCUGCGUACUCGGUAAUGACACAUCUUUCAAUAUACAUCUUUCUGCCUAUGAGGAGCAAUUUUCUAGCCAUAAUUCUUGGGAUCGCUGCAAGCACAGUAUAUAUUAUAAUAUUUGCCCUUUUCACGUAUAUUGAUUACCCGAUAAUAGGUGCUAUGAUUGCUUCAGACAUUGCCUACCUUUUGGGCGUGAAUGUUAUGGGCACAUACUUCAGGCUUAUGACCGAAAUAGUCACACGAAGAUCCUACCUGGAUAGACGAGCUUGCGUCGAGAGCACACUGCAAUUGAAUUUUGUUAAAGAACAAGAGGAACGCCUUAUGUUAAGCAUAUUGCCGGAACACAUUGUAUCACGGGUGAGGAAAGACAUCAGAGAUAUUCUGUUACAAAGUCGCACAGAAUCUCACACUCUUAGCCACAACAUGCGACAUUUCAAUCGAGUAUACGUGGAAGAGCACGGCAACGUUAGCAUCUUAUACGCUGACGUCGUUAACUACACGAUGAUAUCAACAACUCUGUCUCCUUUGCAAAUGAUCGAGCUGCUCAACGAACUUUUUAGCAGAUUUGAUGACGCCUCAGAGGAACACGAUGUCUAUCGUAUAAAAUUCUUAGGCGACUGUUACUAUUGCGUUAGCGGGAUUUCAAAAGACGACUCUAUGCAUGCAAAGAACUGUGUUGAUCUUGGAUUGGAAAUGAUCAGCAUCAUUAAAAAUGUCAGAGAAAAACGCUCACUAAACAUUGAUAUGAGGAUUGGUGUACACACUGGAAGAAUUUUAAGCGGUCUUAUUGGUAUAAGAAAGUGGCAGUACGAUAUUUGGUCGAAAGACGCUACCAUAGCCAACAAAAUGGAGUCUACGGGUGAAGUGGGAAAAGUCCACGUAACAAAACAAACUCUCGAUCUGUUGUUAGACUACGCCCGCGAGUACAUUAUUGAGCCGAAUUACCAGGCUCAGGAGAAUCCAUUCAUAGUAAAGAACAAAUUGGAAACUUAUUUAAUCUCAAGGCCAACAAGGGCUCCAUACGAAUAUAAAGCUUACCGGAGAUUGUCUGUGGGUAUGAAUAAAAUUAUCAGGAAAAGACGAUCGGAAAAUAGAAACUCAACAAACUUCCGUAGGACUACUACGUUCAUGGAUGAGAACCUCGUGGAGUACCAACAAAUGUUGAGGGCUGCUGACGCGCAGAUGGCUAAUGAGAUCGAGGAUAUGAGCAAAGGAAAAGAUCUAUUCAGAACGGAGGCAAGACUAAACAGAUUCACACUAAUGUACAAAGAUUGGAAAAUGGAAAAGAAUUUCCUUUUGUUACCAGAUCCAUUGUUCCAAUAUUAUAUUACAUGUUGUCUUCUAAUAUUCAUGUUGAUAUUAGUUAUCAAUGGAUUUACUACUAAUUGGCUUAAAGGUUUCAACAAGUACACUUGGUUGACAUAUGGACUUCUCGUAGUUGCAUUAAUAAUCAUGCAGCCUUUGACUUGGUUCGAAUUUAUAUGGACAACGUAUCGAGGAAUUAUAAAGCCAACGAAUAAAUACCUAUGUUUCAUGUACAGCAUAUCACGUACAAUAACAAAGUCUGCGAAAAUAAGGACAAUAAUAUACUUACUCAUCAGUGUUGGGCUCGCUGCAACUUCAAUUGUUAACGUCAUAUCGUGCACAGAGGUUGAAAAGCUGCUUUCUACGGAAGUAGUUUUAUCGAACUGCGUUUCUUCAUGGCACGUAACACAAUGUUGGGUGUUGGUUCUACUUCUGAAUUUUCUCUUCAGUCGAGUGUUUUUCAUAUUCAAAUGGAUUGUUGCUGGAGGAAUGACCUGCUUCUAUCUUUACGUUAUAUGGGAUCUUAAAAGUGCCCUUUUCAAAGAAGAUGCAACUUGGAACAUAGGCCUUGACCCUAGAAUUUCACACACACUUACCGUGGUCUUCAUAACAAUGACCCUGUACUGGAUUGACAGAACUACGGAAUAUAGGAAUAGAUUGGACUAUUUAUGGCAAGUUCAGUUGAUUGAUGAACAAAAAGAGGCUGAGACCAUGUUGGAAGUGCAUAAUAUGCUUUUGGACAAUAUUUUACCUGCACAUGUUGUUCAAGUGUACCUGGACUUAAAUAGAUCUAUAGAUGAGCUUUACUACGAGAAGUACGAUAAUGUGGCUGUGAUGUUUGCAUCUCUAACGGAUUAUAAAUUGGGCGUCGAAGACGAUGGUGACUUAAAUGACAAAUUUUUUUUGCGCAUAUUAGACGAAAUUAUUUCGGAUUUUGAUAGACUCUUACUUAUGGGCUCAUCAACUCACAAAGUAGAAAAAAUAAAAAUGGCAGGCUGGACCUACAUGGCGGCGUGUGGCUUAGAUCCUACCCGGCGGGAAUCAUUCGAUUCUAUAUCAUACAACCAUUCGAUCGGGGACAGUCGACAAACUACACCUUAUAAUAAAGCGAUUCUCAUCACAAUGGUGGAAUUCGCAGCAGCUAUAAUGAUGCAACUACAAACUUUUAACAGAGGCUCUUUUCAGAGUUUUGAAGGAAUGAAUAUAAGAAUUGGUAUUUCAAAUGGAAAAGUCGCGGCAGGUGUAGUGGGCUCUCUGAAACCACUGUACGAUAUUUGGGGCCACGCCGUUAACAUGGCUUCCAGGAUGGACUCCACUGGAGAAGCUGGAAAAAUUCAAGUAACUGAAAAUACAGCAUAUAUUUUGGACGAAUGUGGGAUACUCACUACAUACAGAGGUGAAACCUUCGUUAAAGGAGCUGGUUACAUUAAAACAUACUUCGUGCCGCUUGAUGAGAAAUUUUGCUUAAUAAAGAAAGAACAAAGCAUGGAAUACUAUAGAAUUCAUGACAAGAGCCGUUAUUGUCAUUUAAAGAAUGCAGUGCUUAGCGAUGAUAGCUGGAUGGAGGAUAAUAAAUCACAGAGUUCCACUUAUGAUGUAAGAACCUUAUCCAUGUAUGAUGGUAAUAGUGAUGAAGAUAGUAAUAAUAGCUAUGAAGGUAAUGAUUAUAUCAAUAAUAGAAACAAAAGUCAUGCGUCUUUAGAACACGAAGUUAUUGAAACUCGGUGUUGAAUAUUGUAUAUAGAAAAUCAUUAUGAAAUGUUUUCAACUGUAUGUAUACGACCACGAUGUUAUAAAAGGUUUUACUCGUAAAAAUAGUUUUAAAACACGUUUUUUGUACUCUGAAAUCGACUG